UGUGCCACAGUGUUCACUUAACUUUACAACCCCGAGCGGAGCUGAGCUGCUUCUGAAACCUCUUCAGCCUUUUUUCAAGUGAUUCAAACAAGACCUCAUCAUGGUGUCGAUGGGACGACAGAUGCUGGGCUUUGCCCUGGCGAUCAUCGGUUUCCUGGGGACCAUCAUCGUGUGCGCCCUGCCUAUGUGGAAGGUCACAGCCUUCAUUGGAGCCAACAUUGUGACAGCGCAGGUCAUCUGGGAAGGUUUAUGGAUGAACUGUGUGACGCAGAGCACAGGCCAGAUGCAGUGCAAGAUCUAUGAUUCUCUGCUGGCUCUACCUCAGGACCUUCAGGCUGCCAGAGCUCUUGUGGUCAUCGCCAUCAUCGUUGCUGCCUUUGGGGUCCUUCUGGGCAUUGCGGGAGGCAAGUGCACCAACUUUGUGGAGGAUGAAAGCGCCAAAGCCAAGGUGGCCAUUGCUGCUGGAAUCAUCUUCAUUUGUGCUGGUGUUCUCAUCCUUAUCCCCGUCUGCUGGUCUGCCAACACCAUCAUCAGGGAUUUCUACAACCCCAUCAUGACCAAUGCCCAGAGGAGAGAGCUGGGGGCUGCGCUUUACAUCGGCUGGGGCACGGCUGCACUUCUGCUCCUGGGUGGUGGCCUCCUCUGCAGCUCCUGCCCGCCUAAAGAAAGCCCAGAGUAUCCAGUCAAGUACGCCGGUGCCAGGUCCACAGCCACCAGCCGGGCCUACGUCUGAGAGGUUCAUUCUUCUGAAAAGGACAACAGACUUUAUUUUUGUUUCCUCGAGUAACCCUGCUUUGCUGUGAGUUUAUGACAUCACCACAAGUUGUGUCUCAGUUCUUAAAAAGUGACCAAAGUUAGAGCGAACUGCCUGAAGAAUUGAGACUUCUUGUGGUGUCGGCAAGAAAGAGUGUUUCUUGAGGAAUGGGAAACACAGAAGAAAGAUGUGGUGUGAAACUGCAGAGUUGGCAAGGUCAUCUUCCAACGACUGGACUGAGUUAUUAUAUGUAAAGCUUGUAUCAAACCUAAUUUUCUUUCGAAUGUUUGGUAUGGAAGGAAUCUUGUACAGUACACUGAUACAUUACGAAUUGUUGCAUAAGAUAUUAUAAAUAUAUUUGUUCAAUAGCAAUACCAUAAAACUGCUUUUGUUUACUGAAAUCAAUGAUUUUUAAUAAAGUUUCAUAAAUUAUA